CUGUUUUUAUCUUCCACGUGUGAGGAUAUUGGUGUUGCCAUGGUUAUUAACAUACUAUGAUACUAUGUUUCGAAAAUGAAUAAAAAAAAGUUGUCUUUUAUGUGGGAAUUUCAUCAGUAUCUAUUAAAUAAACAGAACAUACAUGGCCGCUUGGGGAUACAAAUUUUAUCUUCUUGCGCAGAAAGUAUCUCUCAUUCGUGAGAAGUACUUUCAGCACUCGAAGAUAAAAUUCGUAUCCCUGCACGCGGCGCGCGGCUAUGUAAUAUCCUCUAUAUAUAUUUGCCCCACCUUGGGAGAAAAACGAUCAGCUUUAAUUAACCAAGUGAAUAGUAGAGGAACUGCAUCUUCUGUUACUUUCAUGAGGAAAAUCAUAAAAUUGUGCAUAGGACGUCUUAAAAUUGAAUUCUGUACUACCAUAUAGUGAAGUGAAAGUCAUUUUCUAGUUUUGUUUUACCUCUAAAAUUGUAUUUUGAGUUUCUUUCUUCUUUAAACUUUUAAAAAAUGACCAAUGUUGCAUGAUAUGCUAUUAUCCUUGACUGGUCGUUGUAAUAGUCAAUCUUCAAGGUGACCAUAACAGAAUUUGCUAUCUCCCUGAUCUCCACAGGAUACGUGUUACAUGACAAGAUUUCUUUCCAAUGAGCAAUGAGCUUUUUCCAAGUAGACUUCUCCCUCUUGUCCAAAGUCACGGGGCGAAGAUCCUGGAAACGAGGUUAACAUAAUAUUACGCCUCCGUUACCUCGCGAAGCUUUGUCACGCUAUCUAAAAAGUCGCGAAAGUUACCUUCACUAACUACUGUUGGUUUCUUUUGUCGUACAUAGUCGUAGAAUUCAAAGAAGAUGACGUUUUAUAGGAAUGUAGUCUGGUUUGCCAAAGGUUUACGUGAAUAUACGAAGAACGGAUAUAUUGCAGCGGAGAAAUCGUUUGAUCCGAAAGCAUUAGAUGUUGAUGUUUCAUCGCGAACGUUCAUGAUAACUGGCGCAAAUAGUGGAAUUGGAAAAGACACAGCAGCAUUUUUAGCCAAAAAAGGAGCCACAGUACACAUGGUUUGCCGCAGCGAAACUAGAGGUGAAGAAGCCCGAAAAGAGAUCAGCGAAUCGUCGGGAAACGAUAAAGUAAUUUUGCACAUCCUUGAUAUGUCCAAGCCCAGAAUGGUGUGGGAAUUCGUGGAUAAGUUUUCAUCCGCCAAUGAAGCUCUUCACGUCCUUAUAAACAAUGCUGGUUGUAUGGUGAACACAAGAGAAGUCGAUGAAGAUGGUCUGGAGAAGAACUUUGCCACUAAUACUUUGGGAACGUACAUUUUGACAUCUGGUCUCAUGCCUUUACUCCUCAAAAACGAAGCUCCGAGAGUCAUUACAGUUUCGUCAGGGGGUAUGCUGGUUAUGAAACUUGAUAUAAAAGAUCUGCAGUUUGAAAAGAUGAACCCAUUUGAUGGAACCAUGGCAUAUGCACAAAACAAACGGCAGCAAGUGAUCAUGACUGAAAAAUGGGCAGAAAAACACAAGGAAAUUUUGUUUUCUUCCAUGCAUCCAGGUUGGGCAGAUACUCCAGCAGUGCAGACAUCAAUGCCAGGUUUCCAUCGCAAAAUGAAGGACCGUCUGCGUACUUGCGCUCAGGGUGCUGACACAAUCAUUUGGCUGUCUGUUGCUGAUAUGUCAAAGGAGCCCCGCGGUGCCUUCUAUCAAGACAGAAAACCAGUUUCAACUCAUUUACCUCUGGCAUGGUCAAAGGCUUCUGAUGGUGACAAAAAUGAGCUGAUGACCAAACUGGAAGAUUUGGCUUCCAAGUUCAAGCCUGAUUCAUCAGCCAACUGACAAUUAUUAUUAUUAGGAAGAUAAGCAAGGGUGUAACCAUGUUGCCAUCUCAUUUGCUUACCACCAUUUUGCAAUGCCAUUAGUUGGAACAAGGAUGAAAGGUUGUUUCCUUUCUUUGAUUGAGAUUGUGGAAGUUGUUAUGUAGUCAAGAGUUACUGAUCCAGAUGAACAUAUCUACAAAUAAUUGUAACAUCAAGAGACCAAUUAUUAUUGUAGGAUCUUGAAGUGUGAAUUUAGUGCAGUUAUUUAUCAUUAUAAAAAAAAGUUAUCUUUUAAUGUUGAAGAGCCAGAGCAAAAAGCCAUGAUAUAUUGAUUUCAGCUUUAAAUAUAGCAAUUGGGCUGGUGUGAUUUACACUACAAAAAAAAAAUGAGAUAAAUUUAAAAGAUAUGAAACAAGUAUCAUAACAAUUUGAGAGUUCAAGAUUUUCAACCCAUUUUUCUUUACAUGGUAUUUGAUACCACAAAAAGGUGUAAUAUGUGUGAACUCUCAGUAUGAAAGGCUAAUCCUAGUGCAAAACCAAGGGGAGGGAGCAGGUACUCACAUAUGCAGGUCUCUAAUGAACAUUUUUUUAGUGUGAAGGGGAGCAUCUCCACUACUUUGGUCUUUGAUAGAGUACUUUGACCAAUCACAGGAUUAACUAGUUUUUAAUUUCUCUAAGUUAGUGCCCAUGAUAACUGGAUGAUUGCUGUUUGAA